GCCUUGAUUGUGUUUGAUGGGUUGGUGUCACCCCCACCUCCAGCCUCCUCCUCCUCCUUCAAGUGAGCAGCAGCAGCGUGUGUUGUUCGGAUGUAACAGAGACAGCAGGUCCUCCUCUGCUGCUGUUAGCGGGGAAGGAGCAGAGCCUCCAGCUGCGGACACGGACACGGACACGGCCCGGGGCGAUGGCGUCGCUCGGCGUGGGGCUGCAUUUUAACCGCAAACGGGGAGCGAGCAGGAGCGCCGCGGUGGAGAGGAGGAACCUGCUGACGGUGUGCAGGUGGGAAUUCCUCACUCUUUUCUGGCGUUGACAGGGAGGAUGAGAAGAGCGUCUGCUGCUGCUGAAGGUCUGACUGUAGAUUUGAUCCAUCAGAGACGUGUGUUUGAGCAGGACUGAACCGCGUGACUUCAUCCUUUUUUAGAAAUAUGACUUCAUGUGUCUAAAGAGAGGGAAGUCAUUCUGAGCGUGAUGGAUGAGCGACAUCAAAAUACUAUUAAACAUGUAGAAAAGCUUCCAGUUAGCACCCAGAUCAUAGAUAAACAUCGUGUGUAUUUUGGACAGAAUCUCAAUAGUCUAUCCUCCAUUUACCACAGACGUACAAACGCACACAUAUUCACACAUAUACAAUCACACACUCCCACCAGCAGCAUUAAAUCAUUCAUGUGAUUAGACUUCUCUUUGGAUAACCCUCGUACUCAAUCUACUGUGAGGUCAAAUCAUAAAUUUUAAAAAUUCUGAAGCUAGGAGUUCAAUAUUCUUCAUAAUUUCUCCACCUCUUCACCAAGGAUUUGGGUUUGCAAUCAAAACAGAAAGAGGAUGUUGUUGUUAUCUGUGUGUAUGAUUAUGAUCAGGUUUCUGUGAAAUUUUACAGACAAAGUUUCUGAAUUUGUCCAAAGGCAGAUUCAGCCUCAGAUGAACACUAUAACCACUAAGUUAGAUAGAGAUAGACUAUAUUGAAAGUUACCAUGUUACAGCAGCAAUAAAAACACAAAAUAAAAUAAAAUAUAAGAAGUAUGUACAAUACAGACUGAAUAUAUACAAUAAAUACAGACUAAAUAUACUAAACAUCCUAAGAGAAAAAAAGUGAGAUAUGAAAAAAAGUGGGCUAUCCACUAGUAGUACUAAUUUAAGUGGUUUAAGUGUCUUUUUUUCUAAUUUAAAGGUAAGAUAAGGACAUAUUAAACCCCAAGGUGAGAUUUGAUAAGUCAAUCAAUCAGUCAGUCUUUAUUUAUAUAGCACUUUUCAUACACAACCAUGUAGCACAAAGUGCUUUACACAGAAAAAGGAACAAAUAGAAACAAAGAAUACCCAAAUCUACCCCAGCUCAACCCCUCGUUCCCACCUCACGAUCUAAAUGCAUCAGAAACAGUAUUAAAAUGCAUGAAUUAAGAGCUUGAGUUUAUGGAAACAGGAGUGUGUGCACUGAGGAAAUGUCAUUUUAAAACUCAAGAUAAGGAAACACUGGAGGCUCUCGGUUAAAAUCUAAAAACAAAGUAGCAUAGAAUGAAAUUUAAUAAAUAAAUAAAAUGAAAUAAUAAUAACAGUAAAAGAUACUAAAAUAAGAGCACCAAAAUAGUUCAAUAAAAGAUGAUCCUGUCAUUAAAACUAGAAGAGAUAAAUGCUAAAACACUUACUUACACAAUUUAGUUAAAACAAGACUAAAAAGGUAUGUUUUCAGUUUGCAUGAAAAAUCCCAUUUGCUUUCUGCAGAAUAAACUAGGUGAGUAGAUUUUAUUUAUAGUGAUUUUCACGGACAGGAGCCACAAAGGGCUUUACAUAAAAUCAAAAUGAAAUAAAUGAAUAAAUCAUCAAUGAAAUGAUGUCAGAAAAAGAUCAAAUAGUGCAAAGCACAGCAUCAAACAAUUAUAUCAAAGAAAAGGAUUACUCAUAACUCAAAGUUUUAACUGUUUUGCAAAAGUCUCAACAGAGUCAGCAAAGCACUGUGAUAGAGGGAAAGAGGUUCAUAGGUGUGGAUCCAUGAACUCAAAAGUGGGAACACCUCGAGUCUUAGGCGGUGUCUGUGGGUGUAAGGAGCUGGACCUGAGUGACAGGGCUCAUGAGUGAGGUUCUGUAAGUUCUGUGAGGUAUUCUGGGGCUUGGCUGUGUAUUCUUCCAAAGUGAGGGUGCGAAUUUUAAACUUUACCUUAUAGGCAACAGGGAGCCAGCAAGGUGGUUUUAAUAUGGGAGUGAUGUAGGGCUGUUUGCUUGACCUGGUGAGUAAUGUUGCUGCAGCAGUCUGAGUUGGCAUACUAAGAGAGGUGAAGAGAAAGUUAAAGUUCUCAAUACAGGAAUAACCUUAGGUGUGUAUUAUCAUCUCAAGUUCCCCAGUACUGACUGUUUUUCUGAGUUUGCUGAUAUUUCUAAAAUGGUUAAAGAAAUGAUCCAGAGAGCUGCGUUACAUGACAGUCGAAUGUUGAUGAGUUGUCAGAAAUUACCCUGAAGUUGUACACUUUGGGCUGAACUGCAGGGGAGAGCUGCCCAGUUUCUUUCCAGACAUAUUGUAAUGCCUCCAUCUAUUUUAUCAACAUUUAACUGUGACUCAUUCUCAGAUGUCCAGUCCCUUGUAGCCCCAUGGCAGUCUAGAAGCCUAGGGGGAGCAGAUACAAGGAGAACGGUGAAGGACCCAGGACUGAGCCCUGUGGUACACCACAUGUUAAAGGAGACGGAUAUGCACGGACUCACCAAUUGAGACGACAAAGUUUCUGUCAGCAAGGAAUAAAAAGAACCAAUCCAGAGCUUUCCCUGAUAUCCCCACCCAGUCCUGUAGUCUGUUAAUGAGGAUGCCGUGAUCUACAGUGUCAAAAGCAGCACUGAGAUCAAGAAGAACCAACACAGAAGAGUCACCAGAGUCAGAGGACAUAAAAAUACCAUUGGAUACUCUCAAGACGUCAGUUUCAGUGGGAUGUCUGUAACUGAAAUCAGACUGAAAUUUGUCAUAGAUCUUAUUUCCAACGCAGCAGUGACUUGAUUUACCACAAUUAUCUCCAAAAAUUUAGUCAGAAAAAGGAAUUUUGAUAUAUUAAAGCAGGAUCUAGACUUGGUUUCUUCAAUAAGGGUUGUAUAAAUAUACGUUUGAAAUGCAUGGGGACACAUCCAGUAGACUAUGAAGAAGUAAUGACUGCCAAAACAGCAGGAACAGUUGUAGGUUAAACUUUUACAACUGGGAAAAAAGGAAUGAUAGCCAAGGGGCUAGAAGACAGCUUAGCAUAGCCAGUGAACAACAAGGACAUGACCAGUAUUGAUCUGUGGUCUUCUUGGUGCAACUGGCACAUGUCUACUACUCUCCUACAUCCCUGUGGUGCAUUUGGGACAGAAGAGUGGAAAGGGAUCAAAGAGGUGGUGUCGAGGUGUAACAUGAGAAAGUGGAGAAGCAUACUGAUAAUACACCACCUCCUCUAGCUGUUCAGUCAGGCAGCUAACAAAAGAGCAAAUGUAAUUUCCAGGCCUCAGCUUUCUGACUGUGCUCGGUAUGAUUUCCUCAAUUAGUGUCUCUUGAAACAGAUGAAAGAGAGUAGUUACGGUGUGCUCCUCUCUCGCUACCAAGGCUGGACCUUCCUCACCUCUUUUUGCUUCCAUACCAGCUAUUAAAGUGGCCCAACAUGAGCACAGAAGGGCAAGAGAGAAACUUGAUGGAAGGUGAACAAAGUGAGAAAUUGAAGAUCUGAACCAUAACUCUGAGUUUAGUUGGAUGUUCAGCAGUUCCUCCUUCACCUACAGUGUAAGUAGCUGCUAAUGUAGCCGUCAGUAUUUUUAUGAACCCUGCUGAUUUUCUGUGUAAAGACUCCAUGUUCGCUCCCACCAGCACAAAUCUCUGCACCAUCAUAGAGUGGUAAACAAACCAGCAUUCAUUCCUGAUUUCAAUGACUUAUCAGAUCUCGACAGGGUGAGCAGGACCUUGACCUGAAGCCAAGACCCACUUUGUUUCAAAGUCCUGCUCACCCUGUAGAGAUUUAAAUUUGCAUAACCAACCGUUCACUGUAAAUUAUUCCUCACCUGUCACAGCAUGACCAGCACAGAUAUCACUCCUUAUAUUAAUGCUCACUAGUGUUUCAUUCAGAUUUCCUUGAGAGCCUCAGCUGUGUGACUGUGGAUUUCACAGCUGCUCAGUUUUAUACCUGUGCCUUUCUCUAAUGUUAGGUUUCCUCUAAAUCUGAUGCCCUCGAGGUGUGCUGUUUAUGGGUAGCAUUUUUCUGUUUGAACUCAAUGAGUCGGCACAUCACUGUGAUGGUUACUUCUCUCCUGAGAAAUAGAAAAGAUAACUUUCUCUUUUUAUGACAGGGUACAAGCUGACUUAUUGUUUUCAGUUGCUUAGCAACAUGACUCUCAAUUAAUCUUGAUUAAUUCAGCUGUUUAGGUCCACACAGCACUUUUGAUGCUUUGAGGAUGUGAGGACAGGCACCUAUAAGUUAUAAUAAAGCGCACUUUUCCCUGUCACAGAGUAUUGAUGGAUCCUUGGUAUGGUGCCAUGAAAGGCUAAGAUUCAUAUUGAGAUGGUGGAAGGAGUAAUAGCAGUGAAUAUCAGUGCAAAAUAGUCCACAGGAGGAAAUUAAAGUAGGUUCAAGAUCGAAGAUAUAUGAUUAUAAUUACAUUGUCAGAAUAUGACAAAAUCAGUCAGCUCUCUCACAGGACGCGUGAAACUCUGCGGUCACUGUGCUGCUCAGCAACCAGAUAAAGAGAAAUGAUGGGAGAUUAUUUAGUUGAUGUCAAGUCUACACACUAUUUGGCACCAUUUGUGCAACAUGCACACAGACACACAUAUACACACAUACACAGACACACUACAGCCUUGUCCAUUUACGCUCCUUCCUGUCUAAUUAGUUUGAAUCAGAUUAAAUUUUGGCAGCGCACAUGACUGUCAUAGUGAGUGGCACAUUGUUCCUGGUUUCAUCUCAGGAUAUUGAUUACAGGCUCACUGCAAAAGUGAGUAUUUAGAUUUGACUUUUAGUGGCUGGUAGGAAUGGAAAGUAAAGUUUAUUCAUGUGGAUAUUUAGAUUUAAGGGUGCAGGUAGCAACACGAGUGUCCUGGGAUCUGAAUUUACAACCAUUCUCCACCAAAAACAUUUCAUGAAUAGAUAUCAAAUUAUUACAGGACUAAAUACAAAAGGAAAAAAAAAGAUUUCAAUUUUCAUUUGUCUUUAGCUGAGACCCUUUUUAUAUUAAAACAUAAUAAAGCAAUCCUUUAACUACUCCAAGCUUGAGCUAUGCCAUAAAAAAGCUGUUAAAGCUUUGAAUAUCUAAUCCAAAAAACAAACCCCAAAGUUUGCAAACAUACUCAAGAAGUGAGAAACUUUACAAAACAAAACCAACAGUUUUAGUCUGAGAGAGUAAAAAAACGUUUUUUACCCUCACACACUGAGCAGGAUGCUCAGUCAGAUCAUUUCGAUAGAUUAGGCAGAUUCAAAGAAAAAAUAGUUAAAAAUAACAUCACUGUGGCAAGACACCCUGACUUUUGAGUCCUACAGUUCCUUUAAUGCCAGCAGUGUUUUUACUGAGUACUAAUAAAGCUACUUAAAGCCUCAUGAAGUGACCGAAUGUCCACUUUGUCUUGUCUUUCUCUUCAGAUUUUCAGUGAAGACUCUCCUGGACCGCUCCUGUUUUGAAACAAUUGAUGACUCCUCACCAGAGUUUGUUAACUUUGUGUCUAUUUUGGAGCAAAUCCUAAGCCAUCGACUCAAAGGUAAAAGAAAAAACCUCGUAUCCAUGUACAACCUACACACUUAGCUGUAUGAUUGAUAUUCUGCAGAAUGCAUGGCUCUCUUUUUUUCUUGUAUUAUUUGAUUACUGACUGGAGGAUCACAAGUCCAGAGGGACGAUGUGUGAUAGCAGCUCGAAGUGAGCAGAGGAUGCUGUUAAUAUUUGUUUCCUCAUACCUCCAACCCACAAGGCUGAUUCAUUGUAUAAAAACUCCAAAGUGAGAUUUCAGGAUUGAAUGCACACUUUAUGUGACUACAGAGUGUUUUCUGUGGGGAGAAGCCACCAGCUUCAGCAUGAAUUAGACAAAUAUGAAAAGAGACAUUGAAUCUUGUAAAAUAAAACUUAUUUUCUUUGCCUUUCUUUCAGGCCAGACAACUUGGUUUGGCUAUGAAAGUCCUCGAAGUUUCUGGGAUUGCAUUAAAGUUGCCUGCAGCAAAGUGCCACACAACUGCAUCCGGAGCAUAGAGAGUAUGGAGAACGUGCGAUCAUCCAGAGCCAAAGUGAGGAUAAAUCCGUCCUGGGGUCAGAUUUAAUAACAGCUGGGAAGAAAAUAAUGAAAAUCCUAGAAACAAAGUAAAGUCAGUAUUUGAUGACACCUAUGAGUACUUGGUGACUUUAGCCAAAUAAUGAAUGACAUUGAACAUGUUUCAGUUUUAACUUUACAUAAAGUUAAACUCUGGGGCUUCAAGUUUUUUGAGUUACAAUCAUAAUAAUGAGGCAUGCAUUUGUGUUGCUAGCUGUCUUUGCAUUUUCCCCUCAACAGAUCGAUUGUCAUGAAAGUCUAAACACACCUUGGGAAUGCAAAUACUGUUUAACAGUCAGGCUGCAGGAGAGGACUCUUAGGAGGACUCUAUUACUCACACACAAACAUAUGCAAACAGAACUAAAAAUGGACUGGUGAAUUUUCUCUUUUCAGCCAGAAUACAGCCAUGUGAAUCACCUUCUACUCUUAUAAUUAGAUUUAAGCACCAUGAACACCAGGGAGGUUUUCAGAUGGCACCAAAUUGGAGAUAAUUAACAGCUGUUUCAAUAAAGCAUUUUAUUUUAACUUAAUUUUGCCAUACUAGUGGAUUUAGGGAAAACAUAGCAAAUUGUUUUGUGUGCCAGCAGGUUCACCACUGUCCUGAGACAUCACAAAAAAUAUUCACUAUUGGACUGAUUAAAAAAAAAAGAUGUCUCAGAGACAUUUAGGGGUGAAACUGCUCAUCAAACCUGCUUUAUUUGGCCACCCUCUGUCAGGGGAGCAUUUAUGGACACACAUAGGAAAGAUAUUGUCUGCAAUAAGUGAAGCAUUUGUUCAUGACAAACUGAAAUGAACUCUUUCAGCUUUUACAGAAAAACUUUUCCAAAAUGAAACUCAAUAGUUAAACAGAUAUUUGAAAUGUGGUUAAAAACCUGCUGUUUUCUGCCAUGUAACCCUUGAAACAGAUAAAAUCAAUACCCAUGUAAAGGCUACUUGUCAGUACUAUCAUGGUCGCUGAAUGCUCAUAUAAAUAAUAAUGAUAAUAAUACAAAACCUGACCAUUUACCUCAUAUGUCGUUCUGUCAGUUUUCUUACCUUAAUUCCCAAAAAGAGGUGUAUCUGUUAAUAUUAUAUUGUACUGAAUGGUUCAGUAAAUACUUUUCUAAAAAUAGCAGUGUCACCUUUUAGAUAAUGAUGGUAAUAAUUAGAGUCUAAUCCCUGACAUUUACUCUCACCCCGACAACAGGCUGUAAUGUCUUUGAUGAUUUAUUUAUUCAUUUUAUGCCCCCCUAAAAAAAAAUUAUUAUAUUCACUUUGAUGAUCUUUUACUUUUCAUCUCGCUUUCAUAAUCAGGUAAAAAAAAACAUCAGUUUUACUUUGUGCUUAUUGCCUGUGAGAAAAUGUUAGCAUGCGAGAAUGCUUGGAUGAUGAAUUUGUUUACCUGCCCCGGUUACAUAUAACAUUUUUAAUGUUGCCAUUAUGAGCGUAUUAGCUGGUCAACAUUCCCAUUUGGCACAUGGCCCAGCCUCAGAAGAGCUGGCCUCUUUUGUAAUCCUGUUUAAAGUUUCACUGGUGGUAAAAGCUUUCUCUUAGAGAUCCGUGUUUGUCUCUGCAGGGCAGGGCGUGGAUCAGAGUGGUCCUGAUGGAGAAGAGAUUAUCAGAAUAUAUCUCAUCUGCACUGAGGGACCUGAAAACCACCAGGUCUGAAUGAGAUAUUUUUAAAUCAGAUCCCAGAGGGGAGUAAGGUAAAAAAUGUGGUGAAUAAUGUGUGAAUUCUUGGUCUGUAGGAGGUUUUAUGACGACGGAGCGAUCAUGCUGGGGGAAGAGGCGGGGCUGUUAGCAGACACACUCAUCGGACUCAACACCAUCGACUUCAGGUGCUAAUCACAUCACUCUGUUUUUUCCUGUAGACCUUCACUCCAUACUAUGUGCUCAUUUUAUAGCAUGAAAUACAUUUCUAGUAAAAGCUCAUCACAAUAUCGUUCAGGUUCUAGUCAUUUAAAAUGAAAAUAACAGCGUUUAUCGUUCAUGUUUUUGUCACCAUUGAGGCAAAGUAAACGCCAGCAAUGACAUAAGGAAAUCCUCAAGUCAUAAAGCAUCUUUUAGAGCUCAAACAGAGCUCUAGUUGAGAGUAUACCACAGCUCUAAAUCCAGCUAAAGCAAGUAUGAUACUUUGUUUCUGUCUCUUUAGCUUCUGUCUGAAAGGAGAGGGUCUGGACGGCAGCUGCCCUGCAGUGAUCGACUACACGCCUUACCUGAAGUUCACGCAGAAGUAUUACAGUCUAUUUGUAUUUAUUAGGAUAUACGUGAUAUUAAAGCUCCUAUGAGAAAUUUUCAGACAUCUAUGAAAUACACUGAAAUUCAUGUUGAUGCCUUUUCAUGGUAUCAAAUGUAAACAAGAUCAUCAGCGACAACACUGAGGAUUUUUACUUUUUAAUUUUAAAUGCCUGAAACCAAUUUGAGGGGUUGUGUGUCAGCUCAGCAGCUGAAGACACAGCCGUGUUUUCACAAUAUUUGCCUAAAACUUUAACAGAAUUAUAUAUGUUUGACUGUUAAAAGUCAGAGAGUGAGAUUUUUUUGGUCAGAAGUUUAUACUGAAGCAUUUAGAGGACAGGAUUAGCAAAAACUAAGAGGCGAGAGGCGCCAAAACUGACACGAGUUAAAACUUCCUCACAGGAGCUUUAAUCUCCAGCCAAGUUUUAUAAAUAAAAUGUGAAGCCAGGAAAUCAAAGAUUUCAGCUUGUUUCGAGGGUCCUCGGUAGGAUGUGGAGUAACCCUCUGGCUCUCUGCAGUGCCGACAGUAUCAGCAGCGACGAGGAGGAGAUGAGGACUCUGGGGAGCAGUGGCAGUGAGAGCAGCACCCCUGACAAAACAGCCACCGCCGCCUCCAUCUUUACUGAGCAGAGCAACCUGUUCAGCAAGUGCAAACGCUUUGAGCAGAAGUACCGCAUGGCGUUGGAGCAGAAGGUAGCACCUGUGUUUGUGUCUGUUGGCUAUUCUUGUACAUAUAAUCAGCUGGUAAUAUAUGCUGAUGUGACAUUUUGCCUGUUUGUUUGAUAAUUAGAGGCUCCAAGUGUGAAAUGCCAGGAGGAAACAGACUUACUGAUUCAGCUUGAUGUUGUUCCUUGCUCAUAAAGCACCUGUAGUUUUGACAGAAAUGUGAUGUUUGAUCAGACAUGGCAGAAAACAAAGUAAAAACUCUGAGUGUGUGUGUGUGUGUGUUUGUCUGUCUGUCUUAGGGUUACCUGGAAGAGCUUGUCCGUCUGCGAGAAGCCCAGCUGGCAGAGGCAGUGUCUCAUAACAAAGCUCUUCAGCAGAGCCUGUCAGAUGCACACCUCUCACACACACUGGAGAAGGAGCAGCUUGAAUUCAUCGUACUGGAGCUACAGGACCAGCUGUGAGUUCAGGACCAACAGUGUGUACAUAUAUAUGUGUUUGUGUCGGGUUGGGGGUGUCAUAUAAGGUCACUAACAGUAGAGCAAAGGGGGAAUCUGCAGCAGAUCCAGCUGUGACUCUGACAUUCAGGAGUCAGGACGCAGCAUGGCACCUGGAGGCUGCAGGUGGUUCGUUAUUUAUGUGUUGUUGAAUCAAUCACCGUCGAGGCUGCUUUUAGCCGAGAGAGAAAAUUGCACCGGGGUUGUUGUUUUUUUCCUUUUAAGCUCAAGUCAGCUGGAAAAGAGGAGGCCCUCUCAAGACUGAGCACCAAUAAUUCUAAGUAGGCGGCAAAGUCUGUCAAGAGGGUUUGUGUCACAAACUCUGGGAACAAAACGGAAGACGGAACGAUGAGUCACUGGAUGUUUUCAAAUGCAAAUUAAGUGAAAAGUGAAGUGAUAAGCGGAGAGAGGGAGGGUGACAGUGAGAUACACCAAAACAAAGUGUUGGAUUUGUGUGUGAGAUUCUCUUUAUGUGGGCUGUUGAUGUGAGAGAGAGCUUGUAGUUUGUACAGCCUGACUUGUAGUACUUUUGAUGUAGGAUCUGUUUCGAUGUAAAAUGUAAGAGCUGAAUAGAGAAUUGCAAAUCUGCUUUUUAUCAUCAACACCAUCAAAGGAUCCCUAAAGUUGUUGUAUAAAAUUACUGCGCCUUUGCGUUUAUUGAGUGGAAGAUUAUUGCAUGAAAGUGAAAAAUACAAUUCCUAAGUUUAGAUGUGGUGUAAAUCAUUUAGACCCUUGAAAAUAGUGCAAAAAAUAUCACAUCAAAUCUUAAAACAAAAAUCUCAAACAAGAGUUUUUGUUUAAUCAAAAAUGUAUGCUUGUUUUAAAUUUGUUGGCAGCAGAUUACAGGGUCUAAUUUUGUCAUAUUUUGUUUCAUGAUCGAUCAAAUGUUCAAACAAUGAGUGUGUUCUAGAGCUGCUCUUUGGGAAAACAAUUGUUGUGAUUUGAUGCUAUAUACAAAAAAUGGAUUGAUUGAUAAAUUAAAAUGUUUUCAGUGGAUGACGAGAUGGGACUAUGGGCAUGCUUGUUUAGCACCCAUACUCUUUCUUGCUGUCGUAAUAAAUGCAAAAUGCCCCCUAAAUGCAUCCUAAAAAGAGAGUCAGAUUUAGACUUUUCAGACCACAGGACAGUUUUCCACUUGUCCUCAGUCAAACUAAGACAGGCUUGGGCUCAAAGACAUUGCUCAGCAUUUUUAGGUCGUGUGUAUAAAUAGCUCCCUGUUUCAACCUGUGUUGUGGAUGCAAUAACAAACUGUGUUUACAAACUGUGCUUUUUUGGACCUGACUUUGAGCCACUGCAGCAUUUCUUUUACAGAGAAUGCAGCGCCUGAUCACAGCUUUACCGUAUUGGUUCCUUUUGUGCAGAGAUUUUUACAGAUUCUCAAAAUCCUCUAAUGGAGUCAUGAAGUAAAGAUGAUGAAAUACACAAUUUCUUUGAAAUUUUAUGCUGAGGAAUAUCAUUUUAAAACUGCUGGGCUAUUAUAGCUCACACAGUCUCUCUCACAGGAUAGUGAACUUCCCAUCAUUUUUACGUCUGUGAAUCUCUGCCUCUCUGGAUCGCCUUUUUUAUUCCCUCCCAUUUAACUAACUUAUUGCAAACUAGCCUCACUAGUUGGGAGGUCUUCCAUCAGUUUUUUUUUGUUUGUUUGUUUUAGAUUACCUUCUUUUUAUUAUUUGACAUGUUUAUUUGGUAACUAAUUUAUCUCAACUCUGGACUUUUGGUCUUUCUUCAGGACUGUAUUGAAGAAUAAUGACUUGCGGUCCAGACAAGAGCUGACCGCCCAUCUGACCAAUCAGUGGCCAUCUCCAGUUGCUUUGGAUGUCAAUGCUGUUGCCUUGGAUACGCUACUGUACAGGAAGAGCAGGGGACAAUGGGAGGAGUACGUAGAUGAGUCCUACAGCUUCAAAGUUUAGUUUAGUCAUGUCCUGGGUGGCAUUUUACAAUUAGAUUAUUAGUAAAUAUCAAAAUCUUAUACUGAUGAAUGUGACAUUAUUCAGCAUAUUUUUCACGCAUAGCAGUUGAUCCAUUUCAAUUCAUUUGAGGAAAAAAGGAAAAAAAUCUGAAUACUGACAGAAUUCAAGAUUACAAAAAUGUAAUAUUAAUAUUUUAUUUAGAGGCAUUAACAUCACUUAUUAGGGGGAUCACCAAGGUUUUAUUUAACCAUUCUCCCCUACAAACAAUGUUUUAAAAACCUGAUCAUUAACACGAUUCAGAGAAAUAUAUGGAUAGCCUAAACUACCUGACUUCACUUUCUAAAAUAUUAAAGAACAGUACUGUUGCUCAUUAAUAAAAGUACCAAUGAAUUAUGUUUUGCUGUUGGAGGAACUACACGCUCCACAACUUUCCAAGCUAGAUACAUACUUUUGAAGUUGUGUUUUUAUCUCUGUAUAUCAUCUAAUUUUUUAAAAACUUAUUCUUCAACCAUUAAGACAUUCUAGCCUCCAAAUAGUGUUGGAAAUUAAGUAUGAGCAGGUUGCAAAAUAGCUUCCGGCAGAUAACAUUUAAUUGUAGGAAGUGUUCCUAAUUUGUGAAUUAGCCUUGAAACCCAAGAUGGAGCUGUUCUUUUCAUUCUGCACACAAAUAUCAAGUUUAUGCACCCGGCACAACUACUUUGUUUUUGAAUGACUUGAUCAGCUGUUUUUUCUUCUGUUACCUGAGUAAUAGAUGUUUUGAGACUGCAGACAAAUUAAUUUCUCUUCAGGGAUCAAUAUAGUUCUUCUUAAUCUCUUAGACAGUAGUGAUUGGAGGGAUUUUAAUUGCUCACCUCUUUUCUGUUUGUCAUUGCAGCAAGAGUUUCCAAAGUCUAGAACAGCUGUCUGCAGACAUGAGCCUCUCCCAGACGUCUCUGGAGCCUUCACACACUCUGAGUCUGGAGGCCCGGCCGGCCAGCAGCACACUCUGGCCACACCAAGGUAUUUGAUCCCUUCAAUGUUAUUUUUCCUGCUCUGAAAUAAGCAUUCAUCAAUGUGUGUCAUCUCAUUCAGGUAAAGAAGAAACGCCAUCUCUAAGAGGUCUGUGUGGAUCCCUGACAUCAGUCGCCAGCUACAAGUCCCUGACCAGCAUGAAGUCCAAUGAGUGUUUGGCCAGUCCUUUAACAGAGAUCUGCAGCCCCGGCAUCAGUCCUUCAUAGCUUGAAAGUAAAAAAAAACAAAACACCAGGGCCAAACAAUCCAGGAACUUUUUAAAUGUAAGUGAUAUUGAUUCGUUGUGAGUAGAGGCUUUUGUUCUGCUUGUGGGGCCCAGAACUCAAACAUCUGAUGGACAUUAGGUUUGCUUGCUGAGAGUGAGAUGUUGCAUGUUUUUUUGGACUGUUGGCCUCCACAACAGCUCCAUGAAACCCAGUAAUGUCUUAAAAAUGUUUGAUGACUUUUUAAAGGGAGUUUUCAGCUCUAUUGUCAUGCUUCUAAUCCACUUUUUUUCCUCCUCACUCUUCAUCAGUAAACAUGUUUUUAUCUCCAAUCUUGGUAAAAGACUGAAAUAAGAGUUUGGUGUAAGACUUACCAAACCACUUUACAGUAUUAAGAAUGCAGUGAUGAGUCUUUUCACUUCUCUCCCUCUUUGAGAAGCUUUGCAGUAGUUCUUAGCAUGUUGAAAAUACCGAUUAUAGCUGAGAUGGAAGUUUAGGAGAAAACACAUAACUAUUCUUCCUCUUCGUUUAUUGCGGCUGAAAGGCUCUUAUACGUCUUCUGUGAUACUGCUGCCUCUAAGCUAUUUUAAAGCAGUAAUUUGGUUGAUUUAUGCUGACUGUAUUUCCACUUUCAUUAGCUGCCAGCUCACAUUUCACUGAGUGUAAAUUUUCACUGUUUUUAUAUAACGAGUGUUAUGUUGUCAUUGUUGUGCAUUAUGCAGUAUCACAUCAUUUUGUUCUCAGGUAAUGAUCACUAGGAUUAAUAUUCACCUCUUAGUUUUGAGUUUACAUAAAGGUUAAGCUUUAUCAGACAAAUUUUGCCUGAUAUACCCUUUAAAUAAUUAAAUACAGUUUGAUCUGUGUAACAUUGUUUGAGGGUAUUUUGCAAAAGUUUUCAUCUGCAAUAAGGGAACAAGUGUAUUUGCAGAGUGUCAGUAUAAUGUGGUUUGUAUCAUUGGUGGUAGCUGCGUACCUUAACGCAGAGCUCAUGACUUUGCCUUUAGCUUGUUGGAGCAGUCAUUUGCACAGCCAUGCAGUAUUUGUUUAACAGAUUUAUUUGCUUUUAUAUGUUUGAUUUUGAAUAAACUCCACUUAUUUAAACAGUAAAAA